AUGGCAACAUCAUUCAAAGGGUCAAAGGUUCAUUUUACUAUCAAACAACUCGAACUAGUGGUCCCUCUGAGGGCGGUAACCCAGGCCAGUGGCCCCUCCAAAGGUGGCGACCCCGAACAGUGGCCCCUCCGAGGGCAGCGACUCGAACAGCGGCCCCUCCAAGGGUGGCGACUCAGGCCAGUGGCCCCUCCGAGGGUGGCGACCCCAAACAGCGGCCCCUCCGAGGUUGGCGACCCUAAACAGUGGACCUUCCGAGGGCGGCGACUCAGGCCAGCGGUCCCUCCAGGGGCGGUGACCCGGGCCAGCGGCCCCUCCAAGUGCGGCGACUCAGGCCAGCGGCCCCUCCGAGGGUGGCGACCCCGAACAGCGGCCCCUCCGAGGGCGGCAACUCGAACAGCGGCCCCUCCAAGGGCGGCGACUCAGGCCAGCGGUCCCUCCAGGGGCGGUGACCCGGGCCAGCGGCCCCUCCAAGUGCGACGACUCAGGCCAGCGGCCCCUCCAAGGGUGGCGACCCCGAACAGCGGCCCCUCCGAGGGCGACGACCCCGAACAGCGGCUCCUCCGAGGGCGGCAACUCGAACAGCGGCCCCUCCAAGGGCGGCGACUCAGGCCAGUGGCCCCUCCGAGGGUGGCGACCCCAAACAGCGGCCCUUCCGAGGUUGGCGACCCUAAACAGUGGACCCUCCGAGGACGGCGACUCAGGCCAGCGGCCCCUCCAAGUGCGGUGACCCCAAACAGCGGCCCCUCCAAGGAUGGCGACCCCAAACAGCGGCCCUUCCGAGGGCGGUGA